AUGGAGACCGAGGCCAUACCAGACCCUGUUGCUGUUGAGGGGUUGACCCCAAAUUCCUGGCCAGAACAAGAGGAAUUUCAAGCAGAGGAGGAAAAAAAUAAGAGUCAGGGACAGACUACUGUUGUGAGUGACAUCCCUGAUUUUGUGGCCUCAGCCACCAAUGCCUGUCAGGAGGAGGAUAGCAGGACGUUGGGGAAGACUCAUAGUUUUGGGAAGAGGGUACGCUUUUUGAUACCCUUGGGUGGAGAGGAGACAGAACCAGAGGAGAAGGAGGGAUUAGAGGAGAGCCUCUUCCCAGAGUAUAACUCAGAUGAGUGGGCCUCCGCUAGUUUUGGGGAGCUAUUCCUGGCAGAGGACUGGGUGGACAUCACAGAGGACAGGCUGUUGCGGAAAAAGGUUCUGGAGCCAGGCCCCGAGGAUGCUCCCCAGCCCAUAUGGGGUCAGGAGGUGACAGUGCGGCUGCAGGGGGUGCUGGAAGACAGGACAGUGGUGGAGAAGGACACCAAACUUACCUUUGUCAUCGGCGAGGGUGAUGUCAACCAGGCCCUGGAAGAGUGUGCACUGUCCAUGGAGCUGAAAGAGAUCACCAUGCUGCUGGCAGAUUCACAAUACACAUACAAACUUCUGGGAAGGGAGCCAGACAUCCCACCUUGGAGCCCCCUGCUUUACCAGCUCCAGCUCCUGGACAUCAGGCCCAAGCCAGACCCCCUGGACAUGCCCCUCUCUGACCGGAUCCGAAGUGCCAACCAGAAACGGGAGCGGGGGAACUUCUUCUUCCAGAGGGAGGAGUUUGACAUGGCAUCGCAGUCCUAUCGCAUGGCCCUGUAUUUCCUCACUGCUGAAGCCAGAGUCGGAGAGGGUACAAGUGUGACAGAGGAGGAGGUGCAGGAAUGCAGGGUGAAGUGUCUAAACAACCUCACAGCGGCUCAGAUGAAACUGCUGCAGUUUGAUGAGGCAUUGCACACCAGCCAGGAUGUCCUGUUCCUGGACCCUUUCAAUGUUAAAGCCCUCUUCCGGAAAGGAAAGCUGUUGUCUGAUAAGGGGGAGUACCAGGAGGCCAUGGAGACACUGAAGAUGGCCCUCAGACUGGAACCUUCUACCAAGGCAAUCCACAUUGAGCUGUCUAAACUGGUGAAAAGGCAAGCAGGGGACAGCGAGACUGUGAAGAGGAAGCCCAAACCAAUGGAGGUUCUGGGGGAAAAAAUCACCCCCUUCCUGUCCCCCUCCAAAAAGAAGCCUGCAGGACUGUCAUGGAAAAUCCUGCUCUGUGCUCUGGUAGUGGCCAUGGGCAGUUUAGUGACAUCACUGGUUCUGACUGCCCGGAACUAACUACCUCUUGUAGAAGAUUGGAGAAAUAAUGGACCGCAUUGAUAGAUAUAUACACGACCGUUCAAAAGUUUGGGGUCACCUUGUCUUUUACUGCUUUUUCUGAUCUAUUAUUUUAUUUUCUGUUAUUCUGUAUUACAGCACUACUUGUAUGUAGUAACCAUUUCAAUGUUUGAGUCAAAUUAACAAUGUCGAAUAAGAGAACGUUUUGUAUUUGUUGCAUAUCCUUUGCAUGCCAUGACUUCCUGAUGUCUGUGACCCAUCAACAUCAUCAGAGUCUGGAUAUCUUAUUUUUCCGGUUGUCCUACAUCGAUACUAAAACUAUUUGCAUUUGAAUGGAUCUCAAUUGGAAUCGGGGGGUGGGACUAGAUUCAGCUGUACAUUAUGCUGAUACAGUAUAGAACUCAUGUUUUGGCUAAAUGGCUUUACAUCAUCAAGGGUCCCAGGUAUCAAUUGAGCCUCAAACCAUCAUGCUACUGCCAGAUAUGCUGUAGAUAUGACAAUCUUUUCUGAAAGAUUAACAUUAAACAUCCAAUCCUUCCUUGACACAUGGGAUCCCGUCCUGCAAUACCCUGUACACCCCUCUCUAUUCCCCAUGUACCAUAUCCAGCCAUUUAAAUAUCUGAA